CCCGAGCCCUACACCAAGCCCCAGCAAAGCGCUGACCCGGCGGACAGAGGUGUGGAUAUUCGCGUUCCGGCCUAUGACUAGGACACUGACUCCGGUUGCAGGUUUUGUGGUGUUUGCGCCGGCAUGAUUGACGGCGGAAGUGACGGAGUGGGGGGCGGCGAUGUUGGUGUCGAUGUCGGUGUCGGUAUUGGUGUCGGUGUUGGUGUUGGUGUCGGGGAUACAGUGCUGGAUACUGCGUCUCAGCGCGCUGGGCAGCAGCUCCCACGGCGCGUACAACGCGGGAUGAUGCGGGCGCGCCGCACCCACACCCUUACUCACACCCUUACACCCACUCUCAGUCUCGUGACCGUGCUGUGUUGCGGCGGUAUCUUUCUUCCCCGUCGCAGCGUUUUUCGCCUUGUUCUCCGCGCCGUUUGCGCCCGCCUCUGGGUCAGCGCCGCCACCGCCCCUUUUUCUCUUCAUUCCCCGCCCUGUCCCGCGCUUUACCAUACUAUGUCCGUUCUCCCGCGCAGAGCCGAGGAGUGGGAGCGUGACGUCCUCACUCACGCCUUCACUCACGCCUUCACUCGCAUGCAGCACCGAAGGCGUCUGUGCUGUCUUCCCCGAAGGCGUGGUAGCAUUCGACGAGGACGAAGGCGGGAAGACGGCGCUCAUGCGCGGGGGCGGCAUUAUUUCCCUGUUUCUUAUUCCCUUAUUCCCUUAUUCCCUUAUUUAUCCUUCGUGGUCUUGGUUCGUGAUGCUCGAUUCCUGGAUCGUGGAUCUGUGGUCCUGGGUUGCGGGGCUUGGGGCUUGAUUCGUGUGCGCGGUGCAGGGUGGCUGCGUUGGGUGGGUUAUUCGCUGUGGUAUGCUGUGCUGUGCUGUAUGAUUCGUGCGCGGGGAUUUCGAUGGUGAGAUACAGAUACAGAGUCGAGGAUUAUGCGGCUACGAUUCGAGGGUUAUGCGACUACGAUUCGAGAAUUAUGCGAUCACGAUUUGUCUGCUAAGGUCUUACUGGGUGGGAUUCGAUGUGUAUAGACUCUGAUUG